AUGACAGGUCACUUACCUCGUUUUAGUUCCACAACAUUUAUCAAAUCGUGUAAUGUUAAAUCUUCCAAAAGUAAUGCCAAAUCCAAUUCCCGACUUAGAAUUUCAUGGUAUUACAAUUACCGAUUUACCGAUCAUAAAGGAAAUCUUUUCUUGAAACCUCCGUUUAAACAAGGCGUUCUAUCAGAAGAUGUUCCAGUUCAAUGGAGUAAAAAAUGUGUUGGAUACGAAGAAACUAAAGAAGGUGGUUUGGUAUUUUUUAAAGAUCGUUCACGAGAAUUUUGUGACAUUUUAGUUGGUGCAGAUGGAAUAAAUUCUCCAGAAUAUGAAAAUGAAAUGUUAAAACGAACAUCCGCAGAAGUGUUAAAAGAUUUUUUUAUUUCUCCUUUCCUGAUUUAUGAAAAUUGA